CUUUUAUUUGGGAAGGCGGUGAUGUGUACAUAGUCUAGAUGGUGUGUCAGGACUACUAGCAGUAGUAGCUGGCUACUCCCUUUCUUUUCUUCUUUCCAGAGCGCUAAUUAACAUUCCUAUCUGCGGGUUUGCCUUGUCUCUCGUCUCUCCUUUUUCAUUUGAUAUUAUUCUACUACUUUUUUCUUUUGUCUUUUUCCUUCCCUUUACUGAACUUUAUGAACUUUAAUAUACUAACCUCUCUUCCUUCAAUGUCAAUUCCUUUUGACACGCUCACUUUUCGAACUCAACUGGCUGUCACCAAUAUUCAACUACUUCAGUACUUACAUGUAUACUAGUCGCCAGUGAACAUUUAGCAUCCUUGUGAACUGCGCUAGAACGAAUUCGCCUUAAACACUGAAGCACCUCCCUUGGUGCGCUACUGGGUGUCUCUGAUACCCGAGUAAUCACCGUGUGGCGAACGUCACGCAUGAGCUAUCCCUCAUCUACACCCUCAAAACUUCACAAUGAGAUGCGGCUUUAGAUUAGCAUUAGGCGCAUGUCUACUGCUCAUCGUCCCACUAUACCUAUUAAAGCUCCGUCUCGAGGAAAUCUGCAGCCAGUAUCGCGCCGGCGCAUACUUGAUAGAUUGGCUGAACUCCAAAAACCCCCACCAUGAGGAUCCAUCCCACUACCACGCAAAACUGGGCGACAAAGUGAUCGUGAUGGCCAGGCUGGAAGAAGAGCCCACCGAAUGGGUCGAGCAAGAACUUCCUGACUGGCAACGUGCGAUUUACAUUGUCAACCCGUCGAAUAAAACCAAAGCAGAUAAACACAAACUCAGUACCACUCUCAAUAAAGGCCACGAAUCUAUGGCCUACCUCACGUAUUUGAUUGACAAUUAUGACAACCUUCCUUCCACAAUCGCUUUCCUCCACGCCCACCGCGCCGGGUUCUUCAUGGCCUGGCAUGUCGAUGCGCCUUUGCAUGAUAACGUAGCGGCGAUGCGCGCUCUACAGCUUGAUUUCGUCCAGCAGAAUGGUUACGUCAACCUCCGUUGCAAUUGGAACCCCGGGUGCAAGGAGGAACACCGCAUCAAUCGCCAUGUAACACAACAAGUCUGGGAGGAAGUAUUUGAGGGGACCAGCACCCCGCCCCUGAACUCAACCACAUCGCCCGCCAUCGCCGAAGACCAGUCGUCGGAGAUUCGACAAACCCAAAAGUUCCUCCAAGCGCCUCAACUUGUCGGCGCAGCAUGCUGCGCGCAAUUCGCCGUGUCACGCGGGCAGGUCCUGAAACGACCCCGAGAAGACUACAUCAAGUUCCGACAAUGGGUUAUCGACACAGAGAAAGACGACGCCAGUAGCGGGCGAGUCAUGGAGUUCCUCUGGCAUGUCAUAUUCGGCAAGGAGUCCGUAUACUGCCCAGACGAGGAACUCUGCUAUUGCCAAGUAUACGGCAAAUGCUAGUAUAUUCCCGGUCUCAAGAUAUAUAUACUGUACAGCAGCCACAUCCGUUCGUAUUAUAUGGGGUUUCUCGUAGAUAUUUGUGCCAUAGACUUCUGUUUAUCGCUUUAAGCAUGCGUUUCUGGUUAGAAAGGCGUUGUUAGAGGGCUUUCGUCCGUUUGGAUAUACCCG